AUGGGAUAUGCUGGCACAGGAGGAAUGAUCUGGGGUUGGCUCAUAAGUUGGGCCUUCAUCCAAUGUGUUGCUAUGGGUAUGGCAGAGCUGUGUUCUAGUAUGCCAACCAGCGGUGGAUUGUACUAUGUUGCAGCAGUGUUAGCUCCUCCAGGAUGGGGCCCAUUCGCAGCUUGGAUAACAGGUUGGUCGAAUUGGAUAGUCCAAGUGACAGCAGCGCCAUCACUCGACUAUGCUCUCUCAGCCAUGGCGCUGGCAGCAGCUUCCAUUGCCAACCCCAACUACGUGCCGACCGAUUACCAGACUUUCCUCCUAACUGUUCUCCUCAUGAUUAUCCACGCGUGCAUUUCCAGUAUGCCGACGCUCUCGAUCGCGAAUUUCAACACCUAUGGAUCGACGCUGAAUAUGAUUGGAUUGUUGAUCGUCAUCAUCAUGAUUCCCGCAUCAGUCACUGGAACCGAGACGACCCCGAAGUUCUUCCCUUCGAAAGACGUUUGGUCAAUCCAAAAUGGAACUGAUUGGCCAGAUGGGAUUGCAGUGCUUAUGAGCUUCAUUGCUAUCAUUUGGACUAUGUCUGGCUAUGAUGCGCCUUUCCAUCUUUCCGAGGAGUGUAGCAAUGCGAACGUUGCAUCCCCCCGUGCCAUUGUUAUGACGAGUGUACAUCCUUCCAUUAUCGAGUCUGAUCUCGGCCAACCAUGGGCAUCUUAUCUCGUUCAGGUUAUGCCGCAAGAGACUACUCUCUCUAUUCUGGGUCUCACAAUUGUGUGCGGUUUCUCCAUGGGACAAGGGUGCAUGGUUGCCGCUUCGAGGGUAACAUUUGCAUAUGCCUGCGAUGGGUGUUUCCCUGGGCCGUGGUGGAUCAAAAGCGUCAACAGACACACAUACACCCCAGUAAACGCUGUAUGGUUCAACACCACUAUUGGGGUCCUAUUGCUGCUUUUGAUAUUCGGUGGUAGUGUUGCUAUUGGAACUAUUUUCUCUGUCGGAGCAAUUGCAGCGUAUGUUGCGUUCACGAUUCCUAUUUUUAUACGUGUGUUCUUCGUCGGGAAUCGUUUCCGUCGAGGGCCAUGGCAUUUGGGCAGGUUCAGCAAGCCGAUUGGCGUUGCGGCUUGCGCCUUUAUUCUUGCUAUGAUACCCAUUCUAUGCCUCCCGUCAGUUCGAGGAAACCAUCUCACAGCGGAGCUUAUGAACUGGACUAUUGCCGUCUAUGGUGUGCCAUGGUUCAAGGGCCCUGUAAUUAACAUCGAGCACCAUAUGCUUGGAAGAAACAUGGCCGUGAAAGGCGUUGAGGCAUCUUCAGGGAGUGUUGGGCCAAGUCUCCCAGACAGAAAUGUCGACCUAGGGGCCUUCUCCGCCGAAGGACAGGAUCAGGUAGAUGUUUGA